GCACAGAUCUGUCAUUGCAGACCAGACGCAUACAAGCUCUGGGACUCAACAGACUCAUCUCUACGAGUCAAGCAACAGGACCUUCAAGACAGAGCAAAGGAAGCAGCCACCAUGGCAAAAAACUUAUACAUAUCCAAGGUCGCCGCCGCUGCUUUUAUCGUCCUUACUGUCUCUUCUAUAGCUGGCAUUGUCACCAUGAUCAUUUUGUACAAAACUCAGAUCUCUACAAUGAACCCAACACCCCGUCCAACCUUCCCGUCCACCACCAUGGGACCACCACCUGUCAUGCGACUGCCAAGGAAUCUCAUACCUGAGAGUUACGAGAUCUUCCUCCAGCCUCACCUCUACAGCAAAAUCAUCGAGGUGGUAAAUGUGACCAGUCCCAACCAGACACUGCUUUUCACGGGAAAUUCUACUGUCAACUUUCAUUGUGUUGAGAGGACUCGCACCAUCUACCUCCACAGCAAGGACCUGACAGUUUCUAACCCUGUGGUGAUGAACAAAAACACAAAUAAGAAGAUGGGUGUUUCUGCAGUAAAGCAUCAUGAAGACCCGAGUAACUUUCUUGAGAUCCAGUUGAAUGAUAUUCUGGAGCAAGGAAACUACAGUUUGUCUCUGGCUUUUAAGGGAGAAUUAUCAGAAUAUAAUGAAGCGCUGUAUGUAAGCUCAUAUUUUGAUGGUUUCCCAGCUUAUGAAGGUGAUACAAAUGCAGAGAGAUUCCUUGCCGCCACCAACGUGGCACCAACAGAUGCCAGGAGAGUGUUUCCUUGUUUCGAUGAGCCAGAAAUGAAGGCCGUGUUUCAUGUGACUAUCAUCCACAGGCGAGACACAACAGCUCUCGGAAAUGCAAAAAUGCAUGGCUCUAAUAUCAUAGAUGAUUGGAAAUACACUCGUUUUCAUCCAACACAGAGGAUGUCAACAUACUUGUUUGCCUUCAUGGUCUCAGAGUUUACGUCAACCUCCUCCCCACAUGAUCGCGUGGAAAUUAAAACAUAUGCACGUCCUGAGGCCACAGCAGCAGGACAUGCUCAAUACGCAGCCAACAUCACCGGGAAGAUUCUCAAGUUCUAUGAGAAUCAUUUUGACAUUGAAUACUCACAGCAAAAACUAGAUCAAAUUGCACUGCCAGACUUAAAUCCUUCAGCAAUGGAAAACUGGGGACUGGUCACAUACCAGGAGGGAGACCUGCUCUAUGAGGAGGGAAUGUCCUCAUUGCUGCACAAGGAACUAAUUGCUAAUCUAAUUGCACAUGAGCUGGCACAUCAGUGGUUUGGAAAUCUGGUAACAAUGAAAUGGUGGAAUGAUAUUUGGCUGAAUGAGGGCUUUGCCACCUAUAUGUCCUACAUUGCAGUGGAUCAUGUUGAGCCUUCAUUCAAAGUAAGAGAAACAUUUGUUGCCAACGACCUCCAUACAGCAUUUAAGGAGGAUGCCCUGGCCUCAUCCCAUCCCCUCAGUCCUCCACAGGAAGAUGUCCAGACAACUUCUGAGAUCAUGGAGAUGUUUGAUGCAAUAACCUACUGUAAGGGAGCAAUUGUGCUGAGAAUGCUGGCAGACAUUGUGGAAGAAAGAGUUUUCAACAAAGGGAUCAAAACGUACCUCAGGGAUUUUAGCUAUAAAACCACUGACCAGAACAACCUCUGGGAUUAUAUACAAAAGGCUGUAGGUGAGGAUGGUGGUCACACUGAGGUUGCCAAGGUGAUGGACACCUGGACCAAGCAAAUUGGCUAUCCUGUCAUCACCAUCAACACUACGAGUGGAGAAAUCUAUCAGAAGCACUUCCUGUUCAAUGACUCCUCUGAAUCUAGUCUUUGGUGGUACAUCCCGAUCAGAGUCAUGUCCAAUACAAUGGGACCUUCUCUUGUCUGGUUAGAAACCACUGACACAGUAACGAAAGACGAAUUCAUUUCUAAGAAUGGAGAGUGGAUCCUGGCAAAUGUAAACUGUACUGGAUACUACAGAGUCAAUUACAAUCAAGAGAACUGGGACAGCCUCUUGACUCAGCUGGUAACCAACCCACAUCGGAUACCACUAAUGAACAGAGGGCAGCUUAUUGAUGAUGCAUUUAACUUGGCAAGGGCCAAACUUCUCAGCGUGACUCUGGCUCUGAAUUCAACCCGCUUCCUUCGCACUGAGCACGAGUACCUUCCCUGGGAGUCAGCUGUUAGGAACCUUGAGUACUUUAUCCUCAUGUUUGACCGCUCUGAGGUGUAUGGACCCAUGCAGGCGUACCUCAGGGAACAAGUUAGGGGCCUGUACAACUUCUUCAGGAACUAUACAGACCAUUCACAAGUACCAAAGGACCACGCUUUACAGCAUAACCAGAUCAUCGCCAUACAGAUGGCAUGCUCCAAUGGACUCCCAGAAUGUAUGAUGAUGGCUAAAGAGAUGUUUGCCAAAUGGAUGAACAACGAUACCAACAACAUCCACCCCAACCUGCGGUCUGUAAUCUACUGCCAAGCUGUGGCUUUUGGUGGGAGGACAGAAUGGGAGUUUGCCUGGAACAAGUUUCAGAGUUCCAGUGACACCUCAGAGAAAGAGCAGCUCCGCGGAGCUCUGUCCUGCACCAAGAAGAUAUGGCUACUCAGCAGAUACCUGGAGUACACUUUGAACCCUGAGAGGAUUCGACUGAUGGAUGUUGCUUCCACUAUAAACUACAUAGCCAGGAACGUGGCGGGGCAGGCGCUGGCCUGGAACUUUAUCAGAGCACACUGGGAAUAUGUUAGUCAGGGGGAUCCAGCCAUGCUGAUUGAGGGAGUGACCAGCAGGUUCUCGACACAGUAUGAACUGGAGGAGCUGGUGCGGUUUGCGAAUGAUUAUGAUCUGGGUUUUGCUACCAGGGCGGUGCAGCAGGCUAUAGAGCAAACCCAAGUCAACAUCCAGUGGGUCAGCGAGAACAAAGACAUUAUACUAGAGUGGUUUGAAAGAGAAACAGCUUUGUAAAGUGAAAAAACAACUUUUGUGUUUGGAGCCUCAUCUAUCAGUGGUGCUAGUAUAGCAUCUCUCCAGCUGAAUACAUCGAAGACAUCCCUACUCAUCUUAAUCCACUUCAAAAACAAGAACUGAUCAUGAUUUUUUUUCUGGUCUAUUUUUGCAGUGUUUAUGGACAGCAUUAUUUAUGCAGUAUAUUCAGUGGAAACAGGCAAAUCAACAAGAUUUUUACUCCAAUGUUUGUGAUUUAGCUGAUACAGUAUCAGUCAACAAACAACAACAAAAAAAACAUCACUUUUUUCCUGUUGCUGUUGCCAAUUAUCAAAAUUAUUUUACAGUGGAAAAUGGAUCAAAAUGUCCAUUAAAUUAAUUCCAUGGCAAAUGGGAAUUUGGUGGUAAAAACAGACUGAUUCAACACAAGUUCGAUGCAACAGCUAAAAUUUGAUUUGACUCCAGAUGAGUCUGAGCCAAAGGACAGGAACCUUGUCUGUUUGUUAAUGUGCAUUACAUAUGUUAUAAUCAAGGAUCCACAUUAUUCUUAUAUGCUGCUGAAUUUGUUAUUUUUAAUAAUACAUCAACACAGUGUUAAACAUGAGACCUUUAAUCUAUUAUAUCAAAUUGUACAUGUUGUAUUUACUGACUUUGUGAUUUAUAAUAAAAACAUGACUAUGAUAAUGAUAA